AAAGAACGAAGAAGAAGCUAAAUUCACACGUGCGAGGGCUAAGAAUGACGAGUCAGCACGACUUACGUUUGCGCGGAAGGGGCAACCUCUAUCGCGCGCAGAAGUGAUUGACUGCUCUGUCCCGCCUCUCCAGCGUUCCUGCCUCGGAUCUCUCCCCAUGGCCGGGGACGCGCGCGCUCGUCCCGGUCCUCUCUUCGUCCUCCUCGCCUUCGCCGCCGCCCUACUAAUGACGUCGCGGGCGCAGCAGCCGCCGUCGCCGCCCACGGAUGUCAAGGUGGGGCUCAUCAUCAACGCCACUUCGCCGGUCGGCAAAAUCGUCAGCACAACCAUCCCCAUGGCCCUCCAAGACUUCUACGCCACCUUCCCGGACUCCCGCGCUCGGGUUCAGAUCCUGCAGCACGACUCCGGCGGCGAAACCGUCGCCGCCGCCGCCGCCGCGUUGCAGCUGAUGACGACGCAUGGAGCGCGCGCGAUCCUGGGCCCGCAGUCGUCCGCCGAGUCGUCGUUCGUCGCCGACCUCGCCACGCGGGCCGAGGUCCCCGUCGUGUCGUUCUCGGCCACGAGCCCGUCCGUGUCGCCCGCCAGGGCCAGGUUCUUCGUCCGCGCCGCGCAGAGCGACGCGGCGCAGGCGGUCGCCGUGGCCGCGCUCGCGACGCACUUCGGGUGGCGCCGCGUGGUGCCCAUCUACCAGGACGACGACUUCGGCGCCGCCUUCGUGCCGUACCUCGUGGACGCGCUCACCGAAGCGCGCGCCGAGGUCCCCUACCGCUGCGCGCUCCCGGCCGCGGCGACCCGCGACGCCGUGGUCGCGGCGCUGCACAACGCGGAGUCCGAGCAGACGCGCGUGUUCGUGCUGCACGCGCGCUCCGAGCUGGCGAGGCUCGUGUUCGACGUCGCGGCCGAGGUCGGCAUGGUCGCCGACGGGUACGCGUGGGUCAUCACCGCGGCGCUCACGGGCCUCCUCAGCUCCAUCGACGCGCCGCGGGGCGUCAUCGGGCUCGCGCCAUACGUGCCGGUCACGCCGCGGCUGCGGGACGUCAGGAAGCGGUGGGCGCACCGGUACAUGCGCGAUCACCCGGAAGACGACGCGUCGCACGCGGAGAUGCGCUGCUACACCGUGUGGGCUUACGACGCCGCAUGGGCCGUCGCGCACGCGGCGGAGCGACUCAGCCCCGGCGACUUGUUAUCACCGCCGGGGCUGGUAGGCGGCGAGGGCGGCUCCACCGACAUCGCUGGGCUCGGCACGUCCAUGUCAGGCGACAAGUUCCUCCGAGCUAUCAACGGCACGAAAUUCGAGGGCCUCGGCGGCAUGUUUGAGCUUAUCGACGGCGAGCCCGCAGUGCCGACGUUCCGCGUGCUGAACGUGAUCGAAAACGGAAAGGAGAGGGGCGUCGGGUUCUGGACGAUGCAGCACGGGCUGCGUCGGAAUCUGGGCCGUGGUUCCUAUGGAUCGAUCGGCCAGCUCGGGCCGGUGAUCUGGCCGGGAGAGUCGACGGUCCGGCCUAGAGGGUGGGUAGAGCCCACGAGAGCGCGGAAACUGCGGGUGGCGGUGCCGUGGAGGGGCUACCGAGAGAUCAUGCACCUUGACGUGGACACGGUGACGAACCAGACGACGGCCGGCGGGUUCGUGAUCGAGGUGUUCGAGGCGGCGGUGCGGUUGCUGCCGUACGCGCUGCCGUUCGAGUACGUGAAGGCGGAGUCCAUGCCCUACGACAAGCUCGUCGAGGCCGUCGCUAAUGGGACGUACGACGCGGCGGUGGCGGACAUCACCAUCACGGCGAACCGGUCGAUGCAGGUGGACUUCACGCAACAUUUCUUAACGACGGCCAUCGCCAUGAUGGUGCGGCUACAUGACCAGCGGAGGAGCAGCAACAGGUCGACAUGGGUCUUCUUCAAGCCGCUCAGCUUCGACCUCUGGCUCGUAAGCGGCGCCUUCUUCCUCUUCACCGGCUUCGUCGUCUGGGCCAUCGAGCGUCGCCACAACGCCGACUUCCGUGGCACACGCUACAACCAGGCCGGCACCAUCUUCUACUUCGGCUUCUCCACCCUCGUCUUCGCCCAAAAGAAGGAGUUGAAGAGUAACCUGUCGAGGUUCGCAGUGGUGGUGUGGGUCUUUGUCGUGCUCAUCCUGCAGUCCAGCUACACGGCCAGCCUCACGUCCAUGCUCACGGUGCCACAGCUGGAGCCGGUCAUCAAAGACUACGCCGAGUUGCUGCGGGGCACGGAGAAGGUCGGCAUCAUGAACAACUCCUUCACGCAGGGGGCCAUGCUAGCGUCGGGGUUCCCGCAGUCCAGGCUCGUGCGAUAUCAGACCCUCCAGAGCUUCUACGAGGCGCUGCUCAAUGGCAGCAUCGAUGCCAUCAUCAACGAGACACCCUACUUCAAGGUCUUCCCCAAGUCCUACCGCAACAACUUCACCAUGGCCGGUCAGCUCAACAGGACUGGCGGCCUCGCGUUCGCGUUCCCCAAGGGGUCGCCAUACGUGCCGGACCUAUCGCAUGCGAUCUUGAAGCUCACCGAGAACGACGAGAUGAACAAGAUUGAGCGCAAGUGGUUCGGCGACGACAACCGUGCUUCGCAGGGCGAAGGACCCUUCACAUCGAAGGGCCUACGCUUCGACAACUUCUGGGGCUUGUUCCUUAUCACCGGAACCACUUCGCUCCUGUGCUGCUUUGUCUACCUUGUCACCUUUGUCAUGACCAACUGGCGAACCAUCAUUGUGUCACACUUGUCUUGGAAGGGCAGGCUCAAGAUGCUGGCCAAGCUUUUCGACGACAAGGACCCCUCAGUGUCGGCCCCACACAAGUGCACAAAGUGCAGCCGCACUGGCCCUCCAGUAAUGGACUCCGACAAAUAAUGUACUCUGGGUUUGGUGGUAUUGCAAUUCUCUUUAUGUCGCUAUGUAGUAGUGUACACCUGUCCAAUAUGACAUAAAAGAGCAAGCAUAACAAACUAUCUCAGCGACUGAUCAGAUCAACUUUUUCUCAAA